CAGCUGCUUUUUGCUUUUACGAGGAACGCCUCCAAACUUACUCUCUGUUCUCUCCCCAAUCUCUCUCUUUAAUUCUUCUUCUUCUUCAGCCGACCAAUAGAAGCAAAACAAAGCCCUCACAUCAAACGCAGACUCUGUUCUCUCUCUUUUACCAGUACGAAAGGGAUAGCUCACCUGUUAACUGGACGAUGCACAAAGAUUAAAAGGAAGGGUCUCUUCCAUUUUUCACGCGCACACUGAUCUCUCUCUCUCUCAUUGAAAUCCGUUGAUCGGACGGUGGAGCAAUGCGAACUGAACGGGGAAAAAUCUCAAAGUCUUCGUGGCCGAAAAUAGUUGUGAGAAAAUGGCUGAAUAUACAAAGCGGAGGGGACGAGUUCCAUUCCGAUUACUCUCUAAAAGAUAAAAUCGAGAGAAGGAAGAGUUGCUCAGACCAAGACCGAUACGUCGUCGUACCGGAAGAUUUUGCAGAGGGGUGGUUGAUGGCAGCAGCCAAAGAGAGACCAAGUUUUGGGAUAGAACCACAACCAGUUGUGAACGAUAAUCUAAAUCUCAGGAUGUUUGUGGGGACAUGGAAUGUUGGAGGAAAGUCUCCCCACGAUGGCUUGAACUUGAGGGAAUGGCUUAGGUCCCCAGCUCCUGCCGACAUUUAUGUUCUUGGGUUCCAGGAAAUCGUCCCUCUUAAUGCGGGCAAUGUAUUGGGGGCGGAAGACAACGGACCGGCUGCCAAGUGGCUGGCUCUGAUUCGUGAAGCAUUGAACAAGAACGACCCUGGAGCUGCUCAGUAUUGCAACACUGCCACUAACGUAGAAUUUGCACCACCACCACAGUUUACUACUGAGCAGCAAGCCAGCGUCAAGCCCAGAGUCAGCUUCUCCGAUUUGCUCUCCUUAGAAGACGAGCUCGGCAGCGAGGAUUUCCAAAGAUACAUGAGCAUGUACCCCACUAUGUGCUCGAGCGAAGAGGGCUCUCCAAGCUCACCAUCGAUGUGCGGCAAGCAAGGAACCAGCCUAAUGCAGCGAAGAAAGUAUUGCCUUGCAGCGAGCAAACAGAUGGUGGGCAUCUUCUUGUGCGUUUGGGUUCGAGCCGACCUUUGCAAACAAAUUAGCAACAUGAAGGUCUCUUGUGUUGGUAGAGGCAUUAUGGGGUACCUUGGAAAUAAGGGUUCGAUAUCGAUAAGCAUGACCUUACACCAGACGACUUUUUGCUUCGUGUGUACACAUUUGACUUCUGGUGAGAAAGAAGGUGAUGAGGUUAGAAGAAAUUCAGAUGUUAUGGAGAUUUUGAAGAAAACGAAGUUUUCUCAUUCGUGUAGAGAUGCUGGACAACCGGUUCCUCCUGAUAGCAUAUUGGAGCAUGACAAUGUUAUUUGGCUUGGGGAUUUGAAUUAUCGGCUUGCGGCGGGUUGUGUUGACACUCAUGAAUUACUAAAGAAUCGUGAUUGGCAAGCACUCUUGGAGAAGGAUCAGCUAAGAAUAGAGCAGCGAGCUGGAAGAGUUUUCAAAGGUUGGGAUGAGGGUAGAAUAUAUUUCGCUCCCACUUACAAAUACCUUGCGAAUUCGGAUAACUAUGUUGUCCAAACCUCAAAAUCUAGAGAGAAACAAAGAACUCCUGCCUGGUGCGAUCGGAUCUUAUGGAAAGGAGAAGGAAUGAAACAGAUGUGGUAUUUAAGAGGGGAAUCCAAAUUCUCGGACCAUAGACCUGUAUAUUCUCUUUUCUCAGUCCAGAUAGAUUUGGCUAACAAGAACAAGAACAAGUCCAUGCCUGUUGCUUCCAACAAGACCAACACUAGGUCCUGUAUUCUUAAAGGUUCAGCAAACACUGCCUUAGCAGCAACAUGCGUGGCCAAGGUUCAAGCAGAGGAGCUUUUACUACUCACAAGGGCCCAAAGCUGCAUAGACAUCCAACGAAGGUUCUGAAUGUGACAGUCACACACUACAUUUUGAAAAAGUAACCCACCAAUUGCAGAUCGUUUUAGUAGCAGACUGCAUGAAGCACACCAAUGUCAGGCAUUUUUUCCCACUUGACACCUCCUCGGUGUGCCCGGAAUUUUUAAGGGUUUGGGAAGGCGUGCGUGGUGGGGCUAUGGUGCUGUUGUUGAUGCUGACUACGAUGAUGACAAUGACAAUGACAAUGACAAUGAUGAUGAUGGUGACGACCAAUUGAGGCCUGUAAAGAUUUGUGUUGUUUUUCUAUGAGAACAUGGAGUAAAAACAAAAUUCAUAAUGUUCAUGUGGGUUUGGAGGCGUGUAUAGAAUGCUUGAAAGCUGAAAUUGUAAAUGUGGAGGAACAUGAUAUGAUUUGAGAAAGAGGCUAGUGGUUGGGCAGAGAAGUGAGUCAGAAGCCAAACAAAAAACUGGGAAAAUCGAGAAGGAAGUGGCUGCAUUUUUGGGCUUUUUUCUAGUCAUGCGUGUUAAUAUUUUUUUUUUUGGUUGGUGGUGGAAGCUGAUUAGAAAAAGCUUUUGAUUGAAGUCGUCUUUUUUUUUUUUUUUUUUUUUCUUUUUUUUUGAUUCUGGUUGAACUGUAAGUAGUACAGCUUUUGCAGAGGAAGUCGGAUUUCUCUUUUUUUUUUUUUUUUUUCUUUUGGGAUAAUUGCAGGAAAGAGGAAGAGAGAGAGAGAUAGAUUAAAAUAGAAGUGUAAUUUAGAUGGUGGAUUGGAGAUCUGUUGAAGGAAACUAGCAUACGAGGUCGUAAUGAUCUUAUUUGCCAAUUUUGUUAACCGCUUUAUUCAUGAA